AUGAAAUGUGAUCGAGGGCUAGUUGCACUAACAACAGAUAAUUCUCCGGAACUAUCCCCAGUAGUAGCUAAUCACUGUCGUUUCAGUAAUUGGUUACGUCUAGUUCGCGCUACAGCUACUGUUGCUCUCGCUGCUAGGUUUUUUAUACAUUUAUUGUUUCGUAAGAUAGGGAAUAGGGUUGACGAAGCCCCUUCUCGACGGCUACAAGCCUCAGAUCUAGUCGCAUCAGAACUCCGCUUACUCUUGCGUUCCCAACUAGACUCCUUUGGAGAAGAACGUCGCCUUAUUAAAGCCGAAAAGCCCUUGCCUUCUAGAAGUCGUUUGAGACGGCUAGCUGUCACCUUGGACGAUUCCCAAAUAUUAAAAUUAGCAGGGAGGACAAGAGCCUGUGCGGGUUCAAUCACCACAAGUAACCCCAUUGUGCUCGACGGCAAGCAUCCCAUCGUAAAACUUCUAAUAAAACACCAUCACAACAGAGCAGCACAUGCGAACACAGAAUUAAUUGUCAACGAAUUACGACAGAACUAUUUCAUCUUCGGUAUACGUCCAGCCGUAAAGAAAGCCGCCAACGAAUGCAUGAUGUGUCGCCUUCGUAAAAAGAACCCACCGACCCCACCGUUCGGUGAUCUACCUGCAGAACGGAUGGCUCAUAGCGUACGCCCAUUUUCCUUUGUUGGGCUAGAUUAUUUCGGGCCAGUUACUGUAUCCAUUGGCCGACGAACCGAAAAACGCUAUGUGGCACUCUUCACUUGCCUGACAGUACGAGCCAUCCACCUAGAAAUUGUUGGCAGCUUAUCCUCGGAUGCGGCAAUCAUGGCUCUACGUCGCUUUAUAUCAAGGCGUGGAUGCCCAAUUAAAAUUUACUCAGACAACGGGACAGCCUUCGUCGGAGCAAAUAAUAUACUGAUGCAACUCUACCAUGACGACGUAGUCAAUGAUGCUGCCAAUAAAAGGAUCCAGUGGCACUUCAUUCCACCUGGGGCACCCUUUAUGGGCGGAUGUUGGGAGAGGCUGGUCCGAAGCGUAAAGACAGCUCUCUCCACAACACUAAAAGAAAAAUCCCCACGAGAAGAGGUUCUACACACACUCCUCCUAGAAGCCGAAGCCUUAAUAAAUUCAAGGCCACUCACCCACGUCUCCGUAGACCCUAAUGACGAAGAAAGUAUAACGCCAUUUCACUUUCUAAUUGGUUGCUCCUCUCCCCACCAAUCAUUCGGAGAGAUGGAUGAACGCGACCUUAUCCGUCGAGUAAAUUGGAAAAAGGGCCUUCGUCUUGCUGACCACUUUUGGGCUAGAUGGUUGACGGAAUACCUCCCCACACUGAAUCCGAGACGACCAGGAGAAAAACCAGAAUUUAAAGUCGGAGACCCGGUUCUCAUUGCCGACGGCAACCUUCCGCGCGGUUCAUGGCCACGGGGCCGUAUCUUUAAAACAUUCCUCGGUCCCGACAAAACGAUCCGUGUGGCAGAGGUCGCCACCAAAGGAGGUAUCCUCAAGCGCCCAGCCCGAAAGUUGGUUCCUCUACUAGACCGCCAGCAUGUCAGCUCAAACUAA